AUGGAUUUUAUCAGAGCUCGGGAGUCUCUUCAGCAGACCAUGGAAGCAGCCAAACAAAUUAGCAAAUCCCUGGAAAAAUCUGACCAAAAACUUGUUCAGAUUGAAAGAGAGAGAGCAAAUCUGGAGUAUGUUAUGGCACCCCUGUCAACCCAAUCCAAGGAGUCCAAAGACUUGUCAGACUCUGUAGACAGAGCAUUAGAGCCCACUUGGGUCAUCCUCAAGGCCAUGGAAUCUAUUAGGAAUAUGGAAACUGUUUUAAUGGAUGACCCACUAAAAGACCUGCAUAUGUAUGCUAAAACAAUCUCGGAUUUGGAGGAGUUUUUAAGUCAUAUCAACCAGAAAUACCCCACAAUGGUAGAGUACUUGAAAGGGGCCAUUGAUGUUGCAGGUGAGAGCAGGAUAUCAGAUAGUUAUAAGAUGCGUGUAUUGAAUGAAGCAUUAGAGGGUUUAGAGAUGGUGGGUCCUCAGACUUUCAUGGAAAAUGGCUCAGAGCUGCUGGCUUCGGCAUUGAAAAAGCUUGAAUCAGCUUUCAUGUCUGUUCUUGUGGAAAACAGUGUUGCUAUAAAUCUUCAUGGUGAAAAAUCUUCUGAGAAAGAAGAUUUGGUUUUAACUUUGGAUUUAAGGGCUGUUGAAUUGAUCAACAUAAUUGCAGAGAAGUUGAAUACCUUUGGCAGGGGUCAGAAGUGCUUGAAAAUGUAUUGGGAAGUCAGAAUUAAGAUCCUGAGAGACAGCUUCAAAAGCAUGGAGACUCAUUAUCUGAGGUAUGAUACUGCAGAGAGUGUUGAUGCCACAGAGUGGCAUGAUGUAGAGGGCUAUGUUGCAGAUUGGUUGGUGAUGUUGAAGAAAACAGUGAAGGUCUUGGUGUCUUUUGAGAGGGAUUUCUGCUGCAAGAUCUUCGAGACAUUUGGGGAAAAGGUAUGGACAGAGUGUUUUGGAAAAUUGGUUUUUAGGAGUGUUAUGAGUGCGCUGAUAGAAUUUGGGGAAGCUGUUGCACUGAGCCAAACUCAACCCGAGAAGCUGUUUAAACUGUUAGAUAUGCUUGAAGGAUUGCAAAGCCUGAAGGAAGAUUUUGGAAAUCUUUUUGAAGGGUCAGGAUGCUUGGAAAUCAGGGUUAGGUUACAGGAUUUGGAGAAAAAAUUGGUGCACGGUGCUUGCCAAGUGUUGAGAGACUUUAAGGGGAAAAUUGUGGAGGAUGCAGGGAUUUCCAUAGAUGGAACUGCACCAAGGAUUGCUAGUUAUGUUGUAAAUUAUCUAAAAUUAAUGGUGACUGAAUAUGGAAAAGUGAUGACAGGGGCUUUGGAAAUGGAGGACAGUACAAGCCUUGCACAAAAUGUUAGUCUUGUUAUAGAUUCUUUGGAGUUGAAUUUGAGAACCAGAGCAAAGGGGUACAGCGAAACCGCACUGGCAGAUCUAUUUCUAAUGAAUAGUUAUUGGUAUAUAUUCAAGAGAGCCAGAGACAGUGAGCUGGGAUCAGUCUUGGGCGAACCCUGGUUGAAGCAGAGGAGGCGGCUUGUUAACCAGCAUGUAUUGAGCUAUGAAAAGGAGAAAUGGGGGCCUCUGUUGAAGCAUCUGAAUAGAAAUGGAUUGGUCAUGUCCAGUGGUGGAAGAGGAGGGGCAAGGGACUUGUUUAAGCAGAGACUUAGGGCAUUCAAUACAACACUUGAGACCAUCUAUGAAACACACAAGAGCUGGUUGAUCUCUGAGCAAGAGCUCAGGGAGGCCACUUUUGUGGAAAUUGUUCAGGCUGUCGUUCCUGCCUACAGAAGCUAUAUUGAAACAUUCGGCCAUUUGCUUGACCAGAAUAUGGACGGAAAGAAGUAUUUGAGAUACACUCCAGAGCAAUUAGAGAGCUUGUUAGCAGAUCUAUUGACAGAGAAACCUACCAGGGCUGAAUCGGAAAGUGGAAAAACGAAAAGAACAAGCUCUGAUAUAAAACACAUAAGUAUUUAA